AAUGACCACAAAGAGGCACAGAAGAGAAACAAAACCUCUGAAAAACACACAAAACAAAUAGAAAGGGACAUGAAAUGACCACAGACCAAAGCAAAUAGCACCCAGGAUGGCAGACAAAGAUGCAAAACAACCAAACGUUACACAAAAUCACCUGAAAGUGGCAAAAUUGUUGAGAAAACCAAAAACGGCCAACAGACCCAAGACGGCUGCAGAAAGAUUUAAAAUGACCUUAAAGAAUCCAAAAACAACCAAAAGAGACACAAAAUGAAAACGAGAAACCAAUGUGAGAGACGCAAAACAACCAAUAGUGACACAAAAUGACCUUAAAGUGACAAAAUGACAUUAAAGACACCAAAGACGGCUACACAAAGAUGGAAAACAACUGAAUGGACACACAAUGACCUUAAAGAGAAAAACUUUUGAAGAGAAAACGAAAACGGAAAACCAAUAGUGACACAAACUGACAAAGUGGCAAAAGUUUAUUUAAAAAAAAAAAAAAAAAAAAGGUCAAAAACAACCAAAACAGACCCAAGACGGCUGCAGAAAGAUACAAGACAACUAAAUAGCCACAAAAUGACCUUCAAGAGUCCAAAAACAACCAAAAGAAACACAAAAUGAAAAUAAGAAACCAAUGUGAGAUGCAAAACAACCAAUAAUGACCUUAAAGUGGCAAAAUUACAUUAAAGAGACCAAAAACAGACCCAAGACAGCUACACAAACAUACAAAACAACUAAAUGGACACAAAAUGACCUGAAAGAGACCAAAUCACGUACACAAUAUGACCCCAAAGAGACACGAAACAUACAAAACAACCUAAAAGAGAUGCAAAACGACAAUGAAAUGAGACAAAAUCACAAUAAAGCGACCAAAAAACAGCCACAAAUGGACACAAGAUGAACUUAACCACUAAAACGUGUCACCACUGUCAAGAUUUUACCAGCAAUUUUAAUGAAUCUUCUGAUACAGGAUGAUAAUUUUAGUGUGAAACCCACUGGACUGCUAUCAGAAACUGAGCCGACUGUAGACUGUUUUUUUAAUAAGAAACCACCAAGUUUACCUACAACCUUCAUGGUUUCUACACUUCAUGUCCACAAAUAAACCAGCAUUUCUCAUUGGACUAUAAAACUAAACUUGUCUUUUCAUGUUUGUGUAUCUUAGAAGUGGCGAAUUACUCUGAGAGCUGCAUAGAAGCGGUAAAGAUCUUCGUCCGUCCCCAUGUGAACCAUCUAAGUUCUGACCUCCACCCAGCAGGAGGCACUGUAGAGAAAUCACAGCUUUAGAUCAGCUGCUGUCUGGAACUGAUAAAGUCUUCAGAAAUGCAUGAAACUGGACUCCAUCAACAACAACUCUUUAGGAAAGAAGGACAGCUGGAAGGACUCCCACUCUUCCUCCCCACACAUCACAGGGGAUCUAACACCUCCGGAUGUCCAACCAAAGGCCGAGGACAAAGUCCGGCCGGCCUCUCAGCGCCGACCGGCACCAAAACCCCCCACGGCCAACGGAUCCAGAUCCAACGGUCCGGCCGCCGCCACCACAGAAGCACGAGCUCGACCACGAGAGCGACCGGCGUCCGGGGCGACACAGACCUCCAGCACCCCGAGGAGUCAACGUAGAGCUGCAGCAGGAGGAGGAGGAGGAAGAGGAGGAGGGAGAGGAGCCACGGCGAUGAGAGAGAGGAGUCAUGUGGACGUCAGAGGGAAGGACGGACCGGCGGAGAGACGAGGAGGACGGCUGUGUGAGGAGACCAAGUCCAGGGACAGGAAUGGACACCAGAGACCCAGAGAGGCCAACGGACUGAAGGCCAGGGCGGCCGAUGGACGAGGGAAGGGAGGCGCUAAAGGAGGCAACAGGGCAGCGGGCAACAAGCUGAACAAUGUGCUGAGCAACCAGGAGGUCUACCUGCCUGCCAUGGUGGUCCCACGCACACCUGUAGCACCGAGGAACCAGGACAAGAACCAAGACCAAGGCCAAAACCAUGACAGGACCCAGGACAACCCCCCGGCUCUGUCCCGGUCCAGCAGUGAGGGGGGGUCCAACAGGAUGUCUCUGAGCUCCGACACCGAGGGUCCCCCCCCAGGACCUCUGCAUCCAUCCCUCUCCCACCGAACCAACCCAGACAUCAGCGAGGAGGAUGGGGAGGGAGACCCGACUCCCUGCCUGAACGUCCCAGAUGGUCUGACCCUCGCAGGUGGUGACCAAGCAGACACGGACUGUACCAAGUCAGAGUUGAAAGGGGAGAUGGAUGUCGGUAACUCUGUGGUGGACUGUGUGGCUGCUCGGACUGUACCAAAGAGCGAAGCUGCAGCAGGGUUGAACUACGACUCGGUUAAAUACACGCUGGUGGUGGACGAACAUGCUCAGCUGGAGCUGGUCAAACUCAAAGACUGUUUCCACGGUUACAACGAGCACAACGAUGACAGCGACACCGAGACCGUCUACCAGUCGGCCAAUGAGGAGGAAGAUCCAGAGUACAAGGAGGAGAGGAAGAGGAGCGAGGAGGCCAAGAAGCAAGAGAGGAGGAAAGAGGAGGAGAAGCGAAGAAAGGAGGAAGAGGAGGCGAAGAAGAGGAGGGAAGAGGAUAUAAAGAGGAGGCGGGAGGAGGAGGUGAAGAGGAGGAGGGAGGUUGUAGCUAGAAUCUGCAAACAGUCCAAGGUGACAUCAACCACGACUUCAGAGGAAGACGAAUCUAAUGGAGGAAGAGGCGGAGCUCCCAGAAGCAGGAAGUUCCUCAACCUGUUCGGCAACAACAACAGCAGUAAUUACAGUGCCACUGGUGCCGGUUCCUUCGGUAUGUUCUCCUGUGUUCUGGACGGUGUGGAGAGGCAGCAGAGCCACAGAGCCGUCUACAGGUUCGUCCCCCGUCACGCUGAUGAGCUCUACCUGGAGACGGACGACCCGGUUCUGAUGCUGACCCAGUCCGAGGAUCUGUGGUGUCAGGGCUACAACAUGAGGACCGGAGCCACCGGCAUCUUCCCCGCCUUCUACGCCGUCAGGGUGCCCAGAGAGAUGAACCAGGUCCAGGCAGACGGAUGGACGGACAAGUUCAUGGUCAGAUUUCUGGGUUCAGUUCAGGUCCCCAUCCACACCGGCAACGACGUGCUGAGUGCUGCCAUGCAGAAGGUAGCUUGUAACAGGCGAUCAGCAGGUCAGCCUCCGUCAGCUUGUGUUCUGGAAGUCAGCGUUAAAGGAGUGAAGAUCAGCGUCCAGGAUCAGUGUCAUUCUGCUCACAGGGGCGAACAGUGUUUCCAUUUCUUCCAGUUGAAGAACAUCUCAUUCUGCGGCUGUCAUCCUAAACACAGCAAGUAUUUUGGUUUCAUCACCAAACAUCCCGACCAGCAGCGCUUCGCCUGCCACGUGUUGAUGUCAGAAACAACAUUACAUCCUCUGGCUGAGUCUGUGGGGAGGGCGUUCCAGCAGUUCUACAAGGAGCACAUCGGCUACUCGUGUCCCACUGAAGACAUCUUCAUCGAGUGACGUCGUCACCGUGAACCUCACUACGUGCAUGGAAGCCUGGUCUUACACCGACUGGACCACCGAUAUAUAUCUCCUCUGCAUGGUGGAUUCUUUGUUUCUGCAGCUGCAUCCGGUGAUACAGCGAGCUUCUCCUUCCUUCGGCCACGUCUCAGUAUCAUAAAUACCUCGAACGGAUGGAUGGGAGCGAACGACAUGAUGUAAGCCCAACACAAAUAUCUAUUUUAUAAGCAGAAAUGACUUACAUGUAACUAUGUGUAGAUAUUAAACCUCUCAGACAACCUCCUCUGCCCUGCAAAGCCACAACACAGUAGCUGCACUUUAGCUAAAUUUAAACCUAAAUCUGACGUCUUCUAUCAACAUCUGGCUGGUGAAAUUUAGCUGCAGAUCAAUUUUACUGCUCCGACAUGUUUUUAUUAUCAUAGAAUAACGCAGCAGCUGAAUUAUAACAGAUGAAAAUAACCGACAAGAUAAAGAAGUGGUGCUAAAAGCGAACUAAUCCAGCUCAGCAGAGCAGCAGUGAGAGCAGCCCGAUGGUUUUAUUCCAUUAAACUGCUUUUAAAUCACAUAUUCAAGUGUUUAAAUUUGAGUUUCAGGGUUUCUGAUUGUGCCGUUGCUGUUUGGUGGCUCUGCAGAGCCAGAUAAAGUUAAUUUAAUAACAUUAAAAUUCUUGGUUUGCAACCAGAGCUUCAAUCAGUAAUAAGAGACAGUUUGGUUCAUCAGCCAUGUUAGCAGCUGUGUGAGUCUGAACAGUGUUUGUUGGUCUGAAACUAAACCAGAUGAAAUGACAGGAGGUGUGAAGUUUUUACUAAUUUAUCCUCCUGUAGCUGAUCAGCAUGGAUGGUUUAUGGAAGGAGCCAAUCUAAUGACCACAAGUACACUCAAAUCAGCAAGAAAGAGACACAAAAACAUGACAAAAACAACUAGAAAGAUAGGAAAAUAAACACAAAGAGAUGCAAAUGGACUACAAAAAGACUUCCAAUGACCAAAGAGAUACAAAGCAACUACAAAGAGAUGCAAAUGGACUACAAAAAGACUUAAAAUGACCAAAGAGUCACAAAACAACUGUAAAGACAAGCUAAAGGAAUACAAAGAGACACAAAAAACCUACAUAGAUUGACAAAAGUAACUAUAAACUGAUGCAAAAUGACUGGACAGAGACAGGAAAUGGUCACAAAGAGACUCAAAAUUACCACGAAGUGAUUUUAAAAAAAAACACCUACAGAAAUACGAAACAACCACAAAAUAACUUAAAACCACCAAAGACAAAAAGAAGACAAAAAAAACUUAUAAAGACUAACGAGAGAGAUGUAGAAUCACAACAAGCAGACAAAAGAAGACUACACAAGUAACAACAGAGACAAAUCGACUAAAUGUCCACAAGCAAACACAAAUUAACCAGAAAAAAACUCAAAAUCACCAAAAAGAGAUGAAAACACAGUAUAAAAUGUGUCAAAACGACCACAAAGAGAACCAAAAUAAGUAUAAAGAGACACAAAACAACCACAAAAAGAUUUAAAAGCAUCAAAAAACACUACAGACCAACAAAUGCUGACAACACAAUUAUAAAAAGAUGCAAAAAUGACUACAAAUUGAUGAAAACAACUACAAAGACAUAAAAUGACUAUAAAGGGACAUCAAAAACUUACGACUGACAAAACAACUAUAAAGAGACACAAAAUUACGACAGACACAAAACUACUCUAAAGAGACCCAAAAUGACCACGAAAUGAAAGAAAAUAACCACAAAACGACUUAAAAGCAUCAAAAAAAAGUAAAACAGUACAAAAAGCAUCAAAAAUAAUGACAAACAACUAUAAAGAGACACUAUAAACAUACAGAGGCUAACAGCACAACUACAAAGAGAUGCAAAAAUGACUACAAAAUGAAGAAAACCACUACGGAGACAUAAAAUGACCACAAAAAAAACUCAGAAUGACCACUAAGAGACCAAAACAACUAUAGAGACACACAAAAUGACCAUAAAGAGACAAAAAACAACCACGGAAAGACUUAAAAUCAUCAAAAAAGACCAAAAUAGUACAAAAUAACAACAAACAACUCCAAAGACAUGCAAAAAUGACUACAAAAUGGUAAAAACAAUUAGAGACAUAAAAUGACCAUAAAGAGACAGAAAAUAACCACAAAAACACUGAAAAUCAUUUUAAAAAGCGUUACAAAAAGCAUCAAAAUAAUGACAAACAACAAGAAAGAGAUCCAAAAAUGACUACAAAAUGGCUAAAACAACUAUAGAGACAUAAAACGACCAUACAAUAAACUCAAAAUGACCACAAAGAGACAAAAACCCACCAGAAACAGAUGAAUCCACGGCGCUAACAUGGCUGACACAACAUUUCAUUCUUUAAGCUUCUAAAACUGUCUUUCCUAGUGUUGAAAACUGAAAAAUGAUGCUCUGGGAACGUAAAUUAAACAUUUAAUAACAACCUUAUUAGUUAAUAAAAUUAACAGUUAAUGUGUGAAACAUGAACUUGAGUAAAACUUGAUCUGUAUUUUACGGCUAAAUUCUUGGAAACUUUAUUCAUAAUUUGUAAAAAUCAGUCGGUAUGUAGCUGUAAAUAUCAAGUUUAUUUCCAAGUAAAGCUUCACUGCAACACUUUCUUCAUUUCCUUUUAAGUUAAAUCCAAGUUCUGUUGACUUUUCUUGGAAAUAUUGUUGAAUUUAAAGCUAAAUAUUUUCAGAUUUUUAUUCCAUUGUACAGAAAGUUUCAAAUAAAUUAGCCUCAAUGAGUUUUCUUAAGCUCAAAAACGAAUCUUGAACCCAGUUUGCAAACCUGUGGCUGUCUGUAUGAGAGUUUAAUGACUGAAGUUAAACCUUAAGAAAGUAUUAAACAUUUAGAAAUGAAAUUCUGCAUGAAUUUAAAGCAGGAUCGGUAGCAGAAUGUAGCUGCUCGUGUAACAUUAGUAGGUUUUUACCUGCUUCUCCCUUCAUCCUCUGGACCAAAAUGUUGAGUUCAAGCAACAGAUUUUCGUGAGACUUGCAUGAAGGUUUCAGGUUAAAGACAUUAUUAACAUUGAUUCCCCUGCAAGGCUUCAAAGGAUGAAAAAAACUAAACCGGACCUGCUUGUUUCUUUGCACAGACGAGGACAGAUUUUUAAAAAAAUAAAAGUAUAAAUGUGUAUUUUUAACCCCCAGACAUGACAAUCUGCUGUUGUUGACUGUGAAGGUGCCUCAUUUCUCUUUUUGCUGCUUUUACUUUCUUCUUCCAAAACGACUACGAACCCUCCGCUGGGUUCGUCGAGGCCCGAAGGACGCCGUGCAAUUCAGAGUGUGAUGAUGGAGGAGGGCGGUUCACUGUGCAGUCUGUCCAUCUGUCCACUUUCAGCUUCCUCUGCAUCGACCGCUCAAAUCUGGAGAGUACAAGUUAGCCUAGAGAUGCUAGUUACUUUAUAUCCGACAACUUUAAUCCGGUUCUGCUGUUAGAAUCGAGAUGUUGGGGGUUCUACAGCUGUAAAAGUUAAAAUACUGACUGUAAAAAUCAUCCAAAUUGUCGUAAAGCAUCAAAUUUAGCAUGAACAUUAGCAACUUUAGCAAAAAAAAAUGCUAGCCAUGCAUCAACAUCAACUUUGUUUCACACGUUUUUAAAAUGAAACUGUUGAUGACAGAGAUUCUACAGCUGCCAAAUUUGGAGAAGAGACUAAAAAAAAUUAUCCAAAUUGUCAUAAAGCAUCAAAUUUAGCAUGAGCAUUAGCCACUGUAGACCAAAAAAUGUUAGCCAUGCAUGAAUAUCAACUUUGUUUCACACAUUUUUGUAUGAAACUGUUGAUGAUAGAGAUUCUACAGCUGCCAAAAUUGGAAAAGAAAAAAAAUCAUCAAAAUUGUCAUUAAAGUAUAAAACUUGGCUUGUUUAUCUCGUUUUGGAGCUAUUUUAGGAAAGAAAAAACAUUAGCCAUGCAAAGAUAUUUCAAGAUGGUGGACAUUGGCGUCAAAUUUUUGGACUUUUAGGAGUAUCUACAUUUUUACAAUAUUACUAUCUUUGUUUCAUACAUUUUUGUAUGAAACUGUUAGAACCUGACAGAGAUGGUCGAGGUUCUACAGCUGCCAAAAUUAAAAUAAAAAUGCAAAAUGUGAUAUAAAUAUUACAUUUUGUAUGUGCCUUAGUUAUAUCAGGUCACGCUAGACAAAAACGCUACCCACAUGUAAAUUUUUCAAGAUUACAGACAUCUUUUAACUUCAGUUUUUGUGAUUUAACUUGUUUGAUACAUCUUUGACAGCUUAGAGUUAGAUUGUAGCAAGCAGACUGUCGUGAUUCAUAAAAUAUUUCCCUGAACUGAUCCACGUGGGGCAGAAAAACCUCCUCUCUUGUUUAUCUCCGUGUGUUAUUGAUCCUGUCUAAGUGCAUAUUCCAUAAAACUGGACGGUUAAACUGUUUAGCCUCAAAUAGCCUCUCAUGCAGCUGCGGUGAAGUUAGCAUCCAUUUGUAAUUAAAUGCAUUUCCUUUCAUUGAACACCAGGGGGCGCGGUCUGUGAAUUAUUAUAUUAUAAUACAUAUUUUAUUAUGAUUUAAGCUAGCUGUUGUUCUAGAGAUCAGCCUUAUUUCAAGCAGCUUAAAAGCUAAACAGAAACUAGCCGGCUAAUGUAGUUUAGCAUUUAGCGGCUAAAGAUUUACGGAGUCAGAUUUGUGUUAAACUGAUCAAAGAAAACUUCUUAAACAUGAAGCAAAAAAGAAUUUCAGAUAGAAUUAAAAAACUCAUUACUUGCAAACUAAUUAUUUUUACAGUUGCGUAUAUUAUUGAUCUUCAUUUUGUUUGCAGUAAAGAUCCAUUUCUCGAGGGGUGGUGGAGACCAAAACAGAACUAAAAGCUAAUUUAUCAGCAACAAAAACAUCAGCUGAUGCGGCUUUAAGAUCCACGAUUUGAGUAUUUUGGCUUUCUAGCUAAUGAGAAGUUGAUCCACCAGGUUUGAGCAGUCGAUGGAAACGAAGCCCGACAUGUUUUGUGUUUGAAUCAGUGCCUAUUUUCUUUUUUUAUUCAGUUCUCUGGUGUCGUGAUGAUGAUGAUGAUGAUGAUGACCAUCCUCUGUAUUAACUGUCCAGAUUUUUCUCCGAUCGCAGAACCAGAAGCAGAAACUCGUGUAGCUCAGUCGACUCGGUGCAUCUCGGACGGUUGCCCUGGAAACAGCGUGACCGAGGAGAGGUGGAGGUUGUGGGUUUCCACGGCAACCAUCCGAGAUGCUUCACGGCGAGCUGCUCCGGCGGAAAGUGUGUCCUUCCUCCAUGUUUCUGUGAGGACGGACUGUACAUACGUGAGCAGUGUCAGACAUCCUGUAUAGAAGCUGUAUGUUUGUAUAGAUUAUUAUUGUAUGCCGUCGGGUAUAACACCGCAUGAUAUCUAUGUUGUAAAAUGAAGACGAGACUGAUGGUGGCUGUUCUUGUCAAUAAAUCACGUUUACAACUGCA